CAUAACUUAUUUUCAUCUAAUGUCAAGUUGUGGAAAAUUCGGUGUUGUAUUCAAAAUCCUACAAUGUGUAUUGUAAAUGAUUGGUGCCGCGAAUAUGCCAAUCUCUAUCCUAAGAAGGCCGUCAGCAUAGGACAUCCUUUGUCAAUGAUUUUUUUACUGGUGGGCACGGUUUUUUUCUUCACGCUGCAGGUCUUUUAUGUGGCCCCCGAUGUACAUGAUGGUUUUAUGUACAAGUUCUUUGUGAUAUCAGCGAUUUUUACAACAUACAAUAUCCUGGGAAACUUGCUGGCCUGCUACCGUACAAGCUCUGCAGUGAAAUGUUUGCCUCAGGAGCGGCAAAUUCCGAAACCGGGAAUGGAGCACCUGUGGCAUUAUUGCGAUAUCUGCCGGAAACUGAUGCCUCCACGAUCCUGGCACUGUCCACUGUGUAAAUGCUGCAUUUUGAAGCGAGACCACCACUGUAUCUUCGCAGCAACUUGCAUCGGACACAAUAAUCACCGAUAUUUCUUCUGGUUUACAUUCUAUUUGGCAUUUGGGAUUUUCAUGAGCAUGGCAACCUUAUUUUGUGAUGUGGGAAGGAGCGUUUAUUUACUACACAGAAUGAAGACUGGUUUUGGAAGCACAGUAAAAUCCUUAAGUUACUUUCGUCGCCAUCACGAUUUGGGUUUCCGAAAGAACUGCCAGCUUAUAAUGGGCCAGCGAGGACUCUGGACUUUUAUAUCUCCCUCGCUGAAGAGUCCUUUGCUGCAUGAUGGAACCCACUGGCAAAUUAAGCAAUGCUUCUAAAUGAAGAUAUGUUCUUAAAAUAUAUGUUUGUCGAAAAUUUGUACGUAUUGCUUAACUCGUCAACAUCAAAUCAGAAAACCCAGGCUUACACACUUAAUUAAAUACAUAUACAUUAU